AUUUGACAGCAGGACAGUCGAAUUCAGUCGAUCGUAUAUCGUAUAGGUACAAAGACCAAGUACCUAUAGACCGUUCGUAUCGGAAUCGUUUACGAUACGAACCGGUCCGGUUUUACCGCUGUUCUUUUCUCUUCUGUUGCUCUGCUCAGCUCGGCUACACCACUUAGGUGAAAGUCACCCUAGAAUAGGAUUUUACGAAGGAUAUAAGAAGAUUGAAUUGGAUUUCGGGUUCUUCAAUAAGUAAUAAGUGCAAAAUGAAGGACCGACAGAAAGACCUGUGUUCAAGAUACAUAAAAAUAUUAAUCGUAGUGUCUUGCUACUGGGUUGUAUCAAUAGCAACUGUUUUUGUAAACAAAACUCUGCUCAGCGGACAAGAGGUGGCAUUGGAAGCUCCACUGUUCAUCACAUGGUUCCAGUGCAUUGUCUCAUUUGUAAUAUGCUUUACCUUGAGCCACACUGGAGGCAUUCCUUGCGUGUUUGUGUUCCCAAAAGGCUCACCGUGGAAUUAUGAUGUUGUUAGAAAGGUGAUUCCUCUGUCAUUAAUGUUUACCCUGAUGAUCGCAACCAACAACCUAUGUCUGAAGUAUGUGGGGGUGUCAUUCUACUAUAUCGGCCGUUCAUUGACAACUGUGUUCAACGUCGCAUUCAGUUGGAUCCUACUUGGACAGACAACAUCAAUGAGAUGCAUUCUUUGUUGCCUGUUCAUCAUCUUCGGGUUCUACCUUGGAGUGGAUCAAGAAAAUCUUUUAGGAUCUUUCUCUUUCACUGGGACAGUGUAUGGUGUCAUUGGCUCUCUAAUGUUAUCAUUAUACUCCAUCUACACCAAGAAAGUUUUGCCCAGCGUGAAUCAAGAAGUGUGGCUGCUAUCUUACUAUAAUAACGCCUAUUCCAUCAUAUUAUUCUUGCCUCUAAUUGCAAUGAAUGGUGAACUCGAAGCUCUGGUGAACUACAAACAAUUUGACAGCUCAUAUUUCUGGAUACAAAUGGUUAUUGGUGGAGUCUGUGGAUUUGCUAUUGGAUUCUUCACUUCAUUGCAGAUAAAGGUGACAUCACCUUUGACCCACAACAUAUCAGGAACAGCCAAAGCUUGCGCGCAGACUGUGAUGGCUACACAAUGGUACAAUGAAUCCAAGAACUUACUAUGGUGGACGUCCAACAUCAUAGUUCUAUCCAGCAGUGCCCUCUACGCUCGCUUCAAGCAGAUUGAAAUGGACCGAAACUCAAGAAAGACAGUGCCCGAGGAAACAAAGAGCUUAGCGGCUGAAGCAGAAGUAGGUCCAAAACUCCAAAUCGAUGCAUUAGAAAAUGAAAAGACAAUCUCAGAAUCUUUAAGAUACAUUAACAAUAAUGACACACCUACAGGAAACUGAAGGGGUAGACGCCACACUCCAGCAGUUGUUUACAUUAGGCUAGAAAAAAAUCUCAUACGUAAAAUAAGUGCAAUAUCUUAAAUGUGUAUUUGCUGUAGCCAGUAGUUUACCUACUAGACAAUCUUAAAUGUUGAAUACCUUAGGUACCUAUGCCAGUAUUUAGCUUUUGUAGUCUAAUUUAGACGUCUGUAAUUUUCCCAAGCUUUUUGACAAAAUCCGAAUUAUAGUAUGUUAAGUUUAAUAAUUAUGUUGUGCAACGCACAAGUAUUUAGAAACCAAAGUUAUUUUGGAUCUAUUUGUGAUCUUAGUAGUUUAGAUAAAUAUAUUUUUAUAUAUUUAUAUUGUGGAUUAGUAUUUACGUUAUUUGAUUCAUCUGGGUCUGUAAUGUGAUCGUACAACUCUACGCCAUAUAAUUUAUUCCAAUUGCGUGUAAAUAACUUAUUAUUAAACGAUAUCCAUUCUGUGUA